AAGAUUUUUUAACGGAGAAAAUAAAAUUUUCAGUGAUGUCGAAUGAAGUGACAGCGGAUACUUAUAUCCGCAAGCUACCGUACUCUGCAAUACUAAAGAUCGUGAAUUUCUUGGAGCCUGAUCAACUUUGGAAGAGGUUUUUAUGUCAUGUCCCUAAACGACUGGAUGACGAGAUUUUCGAGGAGCGGUAUAGUACAUCACAGGCAAAGAUGAUCGAGAACAGAGCAGCAAAACCUGGCACCUAUGCUACUAGAAUCAUUCUUGAAGAAUGGGGAACACAAAAUGCUCGUGUGAAACAUCUCAUCAAAGCCUUGACAAAAGCUCGACUGUAUGCAGCUGCAGACUAUCUAGCUGUCGUUCAACUCAAAGGUAGCCCAGUACCACGAGAAGAUGAACCCAUUUUAUCACCAGUAGGACCUUGUUCACUGACUCCCAAUGAACAGAAAAAUCUGGAGAACAGAAGCUUUGAAAAGAGGGAGCUGUACAAUAAAGCAAAGAUGCCUGAUUCAGCCCCAGGUCAACCAGAUAGUACAACAGAAAAUGACACACGGACAAGUUAUAGUAGUGAGGACUUUGUCAGAGAUGACUCAGGUACGUUAAACCAUCGCACACCUUCAGAGUGUUCAGAGAACAGAGUGCUGGUUAACAGAAUUGAGUCUUACGACAGUGGAGGGAGAACACCCGAUCUGAAUGCCUCUCCAUGUUCAGUAUCCACAGACAGACACACAUCUAAGCCCUUAUCAACAGUCUACAGACCCGGGUCUCAAGCUAUAAACUUUUCUGUGCUGCAGUUUCACACCAACAGCUUUGAUGAGAGGCCUGCCUCACAAGGGGGCAGUGUUAUAGGGAGGGGAGGGUUUGGAACAGUAUAUAAAGCAAGAUUUCAAAAUAAUUAUGUUGUGGCUGUCAAACGGCUAAAGGACCCUGAAGAUCCAGUCAUGCUUAAGCAGUUUGAAACAGAGCUAAAAACAUUAGCUGCUUAUCAUCAUGAAAAUAUUGUUGAGCUUGUUGGGUACUCCAUUGAUGGCCCUGAGAAAUGCUUGGUAUAUGAAUUUAUGCCCAAUGGCUCUCUAGAGGACAGACUUCAUUGUCUGAAUGGGACUCCUCCUUUGUCCUGGCAAUUAAGACUUGAUAUUGCUUAUGGCACAGCCAGAGGUAUUGUAUAUCUGAAUGACAAUGGGUUAGUUCACAGGGAUAUUAAAAGUGCAAAUGUUUUACUUGAUGAAAAAUUUGUACCAAAAGUUGGUGAUUUUGCUACAGCACGUCUGGCACCCUCUGGCAGUAGCACAACUGUGGCAUCAACCAAACUGGUGAUAGGAACUUCUGCAUACAUGGCCCCAGAAGCCAUCAGGUUUGAUAUAUCAGCUAAACUUGACUCUUUUGCAUUUGGAGUGGUGUUACUAGAGAUUUUAACAGGUCUUCCACCAAGUGAUAACAAUCGUGAGGACACAGAUCUCUAUAGCCAUGUGUUGGAGAAUGUUGAAGACAGUAUCAUCCACCUUCUGGAUCAUAGCGCUGGACCCUGGUGUCACCAGACUGCUGAUGACCUCUACCACAUAGCCCUCCGAUGUCUAAAGGACCGAAAAAGAGAGAGAGUGCAGGUUAAGGAGGUACUACAUGACCUUCAAAAACUGCUGGCAGGACCCAGUUGAUAGACCAUUUGAUUCGACGUAAUGGAUGCAUUAAAAACAGACUUCACUUGGGUUACCUUAUUUCUCUGUAUGUGUCAAAUUUUCAACAAUUUUUUCAAAGUAGUUUAUCUGGUGAAUAGUAAAGUGAUAUUAGAUCUGCCUCUCUGUUCUGGUAUGCUGACCAAGUACAUGCAUAUUUUUCUCUUAGUGUGAAAUGUGGAGUUUGAUUCUCAUAAAUAUUGGAACAAGUAACCAAAAGCUGGAUUCUGCCAGUACUAGUAUUAUCAGCAAGAUCCUGUUUGUUUUAUUUCUUUGCAACUUUAAAUUACUGAAGUAGUUUGUCACAACAAAACACUUAGAUAAACACUAAACUAGAACUUGAUAAACAUGUACUCCUUGCCUGACACACUGACCAGGAUUCUAUCCCAGGCUCAUUAAUCGCAGGCACUAGGUCCGACUGUUUCUCACCAGUACAGUGUUAAAUCAUAUCUUUGGUGGCUUUCAUGCGGGCUAUGAUAGACCAUUUUGAUAUCUAAAUUAAUCUGUUGAACAGAUUAAACUUCUUUGUACUACAAACAUGUACAUGUAUAUUUAUACUGUUUCAAAAGCCAUUACGUCCAUUUGAAUGUAUUGAUAUAAGACAGACAUAAUGUUUAUAAUAAUUUUAGCGAAGAUUCAAUUUUGGCAUUUUUAGGGAGGGUUUUCAGGUUCGCUAAAAUUAAAUAUCUCUGACAAUUUAUUCCGCAUUAAAGGUUACUGUUAUCUUUUUAUGCAUCAUAAAACUGAUAAAAACAUAUGCUUGUAAAUUUUGCUGUUCAUAUUUCUCAUGAGCCACAGCACUACAACACUCACCCAAAUCACCUUGGCAUUGAGUCAAAUAUAUAAACCAGAAGUCUCCAUCAAGACUAUAGCUCUACUGGUGUGUACUUAUAAUAAUGAAAGGUGUAUCUUUGUAAAGUCUACUUACUUCUCGCUAAUAUUAAAUACUGAUUUUUAAGGUCUGACGACACGUUCCUCGAAUAUCUGUUUUUGCAUUCUUUUCUUAUUUACCAAAACUAAUCAUAAUUACCAUUAUCUUUUGAUUUCUAAACUAUUUUCUAAAUGUCGGCAAAAAAUUGUGAUUCAUGUACUAGCAAUUUAAGUGAUUUCCAGUAUAGGAUUAUAUAGGAAAUACCAUUGUCCGGAAACUUGCACAAAUGCCUGGUAAUGUACCCUAAUUUUUUGUGAGGAAACUUCUUAAAGUAUCGAUAUUUCAAUCACAAAUUCUUUGGAAAAGUUGUAUAUUUUUGAGGAACUUGUCGUCUGACCUUAAGGACAAAUAGCUAAAUUUGAGUCUCGCUAAAAAUUCCCUUUAUGUGGUAUCAUCUUAGCAAACCCUUGUCUUGCAAGGAUGAAUUUAAAUAUAAAAUCUUGAAAACUCA